CAGCAAUCCCGAGCCAGCCGCACGCCGGACAAUAACCCAGCCGGGGAUGCGGAGACACCCGCCACGGCUGCUCUGCCCGUGAGCCCAGACCGCGAGAGCAGGGGGCACCGGCUGGGUGGGGGCUGCUAGCCCCCGGCUUCCUUCCCCCCCCCCACCCAGUCGCUUCGCCUGGAUCCUUGCGAGCCGGAGCGUGAGCCAGCAAGGGGGCUGAGGAGGCUGGGAAAAUGGAGGUCAUCGAGGCUAGCACCACUCAGCAGGAGAGGCUGCAGGCCAUCGCGGAGAAGCGGAAACGUCAGACAGAGAUCGAGAAUAAAAGGCGCCAGCUUGAGGACGACAGACGCCAGCUCCAGCAUCUCAAGUCCAAGGCCCUGCGGGAGAGAUGGCUGCUGGAAGGCACCCCCUCAUCUGCCUCCGAAGAGGACGAGGCCAUGAAGAAGCAGAUGCAGGAGGAUGAGGCGAAGACCAGGGAGCUUGAGGACACCAUCCAGAGGCUAGAGAAGGAGCUGGAAAUCCUGGAGAACGGGGAAUCGGUGCCUUCCACCACAGACAACCUGGCAGAGGGGACCGCCACCUCGGCUCUGGCUCCAGAGGAGAAGAUUGAGGAGAAGGCACAAAAGACUCCAGUGGCUGCUGCCAAAGUAGAGAAGAAAGUCUCCAACAGCCCCCUGAAGGCCAUGGAGGGCACGGACAUGAUGAAGGCAGCCAUGUACUCGGUGGAGAUCACAGUGGAGAAGGACCGAGUCACUGGGGAGACCAAGGUCUUAUCCAGCACCACCCUGCUCCCCAAGGAUCAUUGCCUGCAGGGGGUCAAGGUGUACGAGGAUGAGCUGAAAGUGGUCCACGCCGUCCGCACGGAAGACGGGGCCCUGGAGAACGGCAUCCACCUGCUCAGCUCCUCGGAGGUGGACGAGCUCAUCCACAAGGCUGACGAGGUGACCUUGAGCGAGGCCUCCGAGCGGGACUUCAAGGUCAAAGAGGCCCCGAAGGCGGGUGGGGAGAGCCACCCGCCCGGCCAGGCGCCCACGCCCCGAAAGGAGAUCACGGGCGUGCAGGCCAAGCCGGUGGAGAGCCCCAAGCUCCUGGCCUCUGGCGAGGGUGCCGAGCCCAGCAAGGAGCAGCCGGUGACGAUGAUCUUCAUGGGCUACCAGAACGUGGAGGACGAGAACGAGACCAAGAAGGUGCUGGGCCUGGAGGGCACCAUCAAAGCCGAGCUGGUGGUGAUUGAAGACGCGGAGAACAAGCCGGCACCGACCGCGGACUCCGUGGCCAAGAACCACGGCCCGCCCAACGGCAGCGCGGUGGCGCCCGUCACCACCGCCCCCCUGCCAACCAAGGAGGACGCCCAGGCCGGGGAGAAACCAGAGCCCAAUGCCACCGAUGCCAAGGCGGCAGAGCAGGACCUAGACAUGAAGAAGCACCGUUGCAAGUGCUGCACGCUGAUGUGAGCCCCCCCACCCCACACCUCCAC